AAAAAAAAAUAUGCGUUCGGAUUAGCGUAGCGGGACAACGGACCGAGAUAGACCGACACUUCCACGUGGCUUCCAAAACUUUUCUUUCUUUCAAGUUUCCUAAACACUUCAACGACGGUUUUCAUCAUGCUUCGUCGUCAAAUUCGAGAACGACGCUCAUAUGUUUAUGCAAAGUCGCUAGAAGCGCAGGAGCGGCAAACGUACGAACGCAAACAGCAGCUCAAGGACGCCCUGAAUAAUGGACAGUUACUGCUGACGGAGCUGAAAAAGGAUGCAAAAAAGCUGGGAAAGGAGCUUGAAUUCGACGAGGCUCAGACAGAUCCAACUACACAUAUCGAUAAUGAGUAUUCCCGUGCCGGUAUCUCAGACCCGAAAAUUGUCAUUACGACUUCCCGGGACCCGUCAUCAAAGCUCCUCCAGUUUUCCAAAGAAAUGCGACUGGUAUUCCCGAACUCUCACCGAAUCAAUCGCGGAAACUACGUUGUCAAGGAAUUGGCCGAUGCUUGUCGCGCAAAUGAUGUUACAGACCUAAUAGUUUUACACGAGCAUCGUGGUAAACCAGAUGCCAUGAUUGUAUCCCAUUUCCCUCAUGGACCCACUGUCUACUUCACAUUGAGCAACGUCGCUCUUCGACAUGAUAUAGCCACAUAUCAAAACUCUACCGUCUCUGAACAAUAUCCGCAUCUCAUCUUCGAAAACUUCUCAUCCAAACUCGGAGAACGUGUACGAGAUGUUCUAAAAUAUUUGUUCCCAGUCCCUAAGGAGGAUAGUAAACGUGUGAUGACAUUUGCCAAUGAAGACGACUUCAUAUCAUUCCGGCACCAUGUAUUUGUAAAAAUACCCCGACAGGUACAGCUGGCGGAAGUUGGACCUCGCUUUGAGAUGAAGCCGUACGAGAUCCGCCAAGGCACAAUUGAACAGGCGGAGGCCGAACGAGAAUGGGUUUUGGCACAUUACUCACGGACGGCCAAGAAACGGAGUAUGCUGUCUGAUUCAAGUUCAAGGCCAGGUCCCAGCAAGAAGUCAAAACGAUGAUAUGUCACGUCUUGACCACAAGUGCUUUAUUCAUCGGGGGUGAUAGCAGGGCAUCGGAAAUACCUUUAGGCGAUGAGCAUUGAACAUCAUCAGGUUCACAAGUCCAUCGGGGUACCUUUGGAGGAUUGAUAUCACAGUGUAUUGGAGCA